AUGCGCCGCGCCGUCGCCGUCGUCGCCGUCGCGCUCGCGCGCGGCGUCCGCGGCUACGGCGACUUCUCGCCCCACCACCACAUCGUGCGGCUGCGGCGCCGGGCCCACGCCGCGGCGCUCCGCCCGCUCUACCGCACGGACGCGCCCAGCGCGUCGCGGUCCUACGCCAAGGGCGACCACUUCCGGUCGCGCCGCGGCGUCCGCGCGCCGCCGGGGCAGCCCGCCGGCGCGCGGUCCCCGGGGCAGCACCCCCUCGUCUCCGCCAUGCGGGCGGCCCGGGGCCGCGAGGCCGCGUCGAUGGUCCAGACGCUGACGGGCGAGUGGUACGCGCCCCAGUUCCGCUUCGCCGUGACGCUCUGCGGCUUCCUCGCGUACCCGUCGCUCGUCGCCAUGCUCUCGCACCUCCCCCCGCCGAACCCGAGCGAGGGAGGCUAUUUCUUCAGCCUCAUGUCCAUCGUCUUCGGCACGCUCACGGCGUCCACCAUCUCCGACGCCGGCGACCGCCUCAAGGCGCUCCGCGCCGCGGCCGUCGAGGAGGUGACGCUCCUCCUCCCGCUCAAGAAGCGCCUCGAGGUGCUCCUGCGCGACGCGCCGGCGCCCGACGGGACCGUCGCCCCCCGCGACGUCUUCUCGACCUGCGCCAAGCACAUGUGGGCCCACACGUCGGACCUCAUCGACGGGUCGCGCGAGGACGAGCUCGACGGCAUCGCCUCGAACGACGACGAGCUGCUCAAGAUCGUCGAGACGCUCCAGACGGCCCAGGCCCAGUGGGACGCGGCGCCCCAGCGCGCGCCGGACCUGGGCUUCGCGUUGGACGCGACGGAGCGCGUCGUCCAGGCCCGCGGCCGCCGCCUGAGCCUCGAGAGCUCGUCGAUUCCGGUGAUGCAGUUCGAGGUGCUCCAGGCCCUGUCCGUCGUGCUCGUGCUCGCCUAUUGCUACCUGACGCUGGACAAGGCGCCGCCGCCGCACCUCCUGGGCUACGUGCAGGACGCGAGCGGCAUCCUCGUCGACGCGUCCUUCGGCGUCCACGCGCUCUUCGCGUUCAUCUGCGGCGCGCUCGCGGUCUUCAACUCGCUCGCGAGCGACCUCAACCGCCCCUUCCACGGCGACUUCAAGCUCGAGUCGUCGACGGUCGUCGCCAGCCUCAAGCAGCUCCGCGCGGGGCUCGCGCCCCACCUCGGCCGCAACCACAUCGCGCUCUCGCCCAAGGCCCGCGUGUCGACGUCGCCCGGCGGCCGCGCCGCGAAGCCGACGAAGUUCUUCGCCUGA